AUGAAUACAAAUCCACAAGAAGAACAAAUCUUUCUUGCUACACUUCAAGGAUGUUUAGAAGCUGAUAAUGAAAAACGUACUGCUGCUGAGGCAAUUUAUCAAGAAAUACCUGAUGAAAAAAAAGGCAUCUUACUUAUGUCUGCAUUAUGCAAUACAACAAUAAGUGGACCAAUUCGAUUAACCGCUGCUGUUAUGCUUCGACGUUUAUUUCAAACACAAUUUGAAAAUUUUUGGCCAAAAUAUUCCCCUGAUCAACAGAUGAUUUUGAAGAAAGAAUUACUUGCUCGAAUAAUUCAAUUAGAUGAUGAUGAAAAUAUUCGAAAGAAAAUUUGUUAUGUUGUUGCAGAAUUAGCGAAAAAUUUAAUGGAUGAAAAUGAUCAAUCACAAUGGCCUGAAGUUAUGGAUUUUCUUUUUCAAUCUGCUAAUUCAGUACAUAGUUCAUUGAAAGAAUCUGCUUUAAUUAUUUUUGAAUCAUUCCCAGGUGUAUUUGGUAAUCAAGCUGAACAAUUAAUGCAAAUUAUACAUCAAAUAUUUUUAAAUUGUUUAAAUGAUCAAGAUACAAAAGUUCGUUAUACAGCAGCAACAACAUUUGCUGCUUAUCUUAAACAUAAUUCAGAAAAUACACAAUUACUUAAUGUCUAUCGAGAUUGUUUACCAUAUCUUCUUGCAACAAUAACACAUAGUUUAUCAAAUUCAGAUGAUGAUACAGUACUUAAAGCAUUAAUUGAUAUUGCUGAAAAUACAGCGAAAUAUCUUCGACCUGCUAUUGAUGAUGUUUUUAAUUUAUGUCUUGAAGCUAUGCAACAAAAAGAUGAAUUUGAAGAAUCACGUCGUCAUUUAGCUCUUGAAGUACUUGUUACUUUAUCAGAAACAGCAAGUGCAAUGGUUCGAAAAGUAGCAAAAAAAUAUAUGAAUAGACUUGUUCCUCAAUUACUUGAAAUGAUGGUUGAUUUGGAUGAUGAUGCACAAUGGGCAACAAAUGAUACUAUUGAAGAUGAAGAAGAUGAUAGGUAA